CAAAGAGGUUUUGGAGCAUUUUUCGAUUUCCAGUUAAUACAAAAACUCGAGUUAGCACACUGUAGCCUCCAAAAUUUUUGGAUCAAAAUUUGGUAGACAAAUAUUUUAUUUCGGUUUAAAUUAACGUUUUGCGGCUAAAGAUGUCGAGCUACAGAAGGUUAUACCGCGCAGAGCGUCUCAUGAAUCUUCUGAAGGCGAACCGCGGAAUGACCAGCACGGGAAGGCAACCAAUCUUCGAUGUGGAGACCAGAAAGGACUUUGAGCAGCGGGUGAUAAACAGUGACCGACCGGUGGUUGUGGAUUUCCAUGCCAGCUGGUGCUGUCCCUGCAAGGCUCUGGCCCCUCGACUGGAAAACAUCGUGUCCGAGCAGGGUGGCCGGGUGAGAUUGGCCCGCGUUGAUAUCGAUGAGCACGGGGAGCUGGCCAUGGACUACAACGUGGGCUCCGUUCCAUCCCUGGUGGUUAUCAGCAACGGCAAGGUGGUGAAUCGUAUGGUGGGCCUCCAAACCAGCGAAUACAUCCGCAAGUGGCUCCACAAGGUGGUGCCCCAUUCGCCAUCUGCGGAUGCGAAGAACUAGAUCAGCAUGUCAAUCGACAGUGGAAACACGUUCUUUGUAGGCUCGCAUUAAGUUCGAUUAAACCAUGUUCCCAGCAA